AUGCCAAAUUUGUUUGAAUCAGCUGAGCGACUCUACAAGAGGCUCGCUGGUGGUAAUCAGCGAUAUAAUCGAAAAACGGAUUCCCGUUCAAAUGAUGGCACAAAUCUCUCAUCUAACGCUAUGGGUAGUGAGAAUUCAAAUCCCUGGAACAAUCUGGCUGCUCGUGCCAAUAGCUCGUCUAAUCUUGUCCCGUCCUCAAAGUCUGAAGCAAAUGAUCUACUCUGGCCCCCUGCGGCAUCUCCUCGUGUUGCUCAGCCACCUGGUGACCUAACAGCCGUUUCCAGCGAGAGCGAAACGGACGAAAAGGAGAUAACGAAUUCGGGCUUUCGAGGAUUUAAUGAUACCCACAAUCAGCGUCUAAGGCAAAGUCUUCAGCGUGCUAAAAAUGCGGAUUUUGAAACUGGAACUGAUUCACAAAAUCGAUUUCCAAGCGCUGAGAGACUUUCCUCAAAGACUAUCGAAACUUUCGAUGAGGAAGAAGAAGAUUCCAAUGACAGGAGUAAUUCAGAUGAGGCGACGGAUGAGGAAACUUAUGGCGACCAGGAAAAAAGCCUUGAUGAUAAACUUGUUCGAGAUGAUAGAGAUGUAUCUGAUAUGGUACAUAGAUCCUACAUUCAAACCUCGCAAAUAUCACAAUCGAGAGCAGGCGUACGAUGGUCAUCAGACCCGCCACAACCCCUGGUUGAUAUCCUUCCGAAAAUUCGUCGAGGCCUUGCCCCUCCAAAUACGGAAUUUGUUCGAGCUUUCUGCCAACGCCAGUCCUGUCGUUGUUUACUUCGUGGGCAUGAUACAUUGAUGCUUUUUCCCUUAUUUGAUACUGUUCUUUGUGAGGCAACGUGGGAAAAGAUCAAGGAAAGUCAAUCCUUUUCCUCUUCAUCUAGCUCUCGUUCUGCAUCUCAUUUCCUUUCCCGACUUCAACAUGGUCAUUCCUCUGGGCCAUCAUCCGAAACUCAAGCUAAUUUGAUUAUGUUCCGACAGUGUCGUGGAUGGUAUGAAGUGAUGAAUGAAAAUCACGAACCCGUGCCCCACUGGACAACUGUGGAAGAAAUUCGAUGCGCUAAACCGCAAGCCUUUCUCGUCCGUCGGGAUUUGAAAUGCCUUCUAGCUCCUAGCGAUCUCUGGUUACCGCCUCAAUCAUCUGAGCGUUUGGCUUCGACUCCAAACAAUAAUGGAGCUCCACCUCUACCUCCAAUCUCUUCCAGAAUCGUUGUUGAAGCGGCUAACUCAAAAAAUAUUGCAGCUAGUACUCCCUUCAUACUCAAACCUGGGACUCUAUUAACUUAUGUCGACUUCCUCCACGACUGCACAGUCACCCGGGGCAAGAAGCUAAGACAAAUAUCCCUAAUUUUGGCCGUUGAAAAGUCACGCAUGCAAAGACAGUCAAAUGCACUAACAUCACCCAGGAGAUUAUUCUAUAUCGGAACAGAAGAUUCCUCAAGUCAGGCUGUUUUCCCAACUAAAUUAGCCCUGAGUCCUAUCGCAGGUCCGGAGAAUAUAUCUGGAGUGCAUACACUAUCUUCACUUCUUCGAAAAUUUCGUCUCCCUCUUUCAAUAGUCCCCGUUGCCGUCCCAGAACGCAAAAUACCUCUGGGAGGUAUUGAAUCAAGCAGUUUGAGUUUAGAUUUAGACUCUACUAACUACGCUACAGCUCAAUCAUCUAAACCCGUUAAUAUUUUUCCCACAGUGCCUGGUAUUACUUUCACCGAUAAAAGUUUCAUUCGUUUAAGGGGCUUGCUUCGAGGUGAUAUUAUGAUUGUUGCUCCUGUGGAUGCACCAGAUCGUUUUUUUCUCAUUACUCCAACUCUUCUCCAAGAUCAUCUCUUUCAGAUUGGUUUCACUGAGGACGAUAGGUACCAGCGUCUUGCUUUCGGUCAUAGAAAUCGGACGAUAAAUUUCAUCUCCAUGGCUCAUCCUCGUGAUUCUUUGGAAUAUCUUCUCGUUUACCUCAAGAAUAUAACCAACAAACCGCGAAUAGUUUCAACUGCAGGAAAGAAUGAGAGUGUUGGACGAGAGUUAUGGAAUCGUCUGAAAGCUGGAGUUCUUCAAACAUAUGAGAUUACUCCUGCUAUAGCGAAGGCGAUGUAUGCGGAGACAGGACGUGACCCCAGAGCCGGACCCGGGAGCGAUCUUACUCCUGAUGAAUUAGAUCAAAUGUACGACGAAAUGGAUGAUUUGUAUUUCUUCACCAGAAAUGGUUACUAUCCUCCGAAAUCUCGGCAAAGACGACUGAAAUCGACUUCAAGUUCUCAACAAACUCCAUCGUCAAUUCCACAGAAUAUACAGCAGCCAACAGGAUUACCAAAGAACAAUGCUGGUGGACUCUCGGAGUUCAAUAGAACCUCAUCCAUUCCAAGUGCAGAACAACUCCUUGCUGCAAGUCUUAACAUAUCAACGUACAAGUAA